AACCUCUAUUACUGUUGAAAGUUACUGUGAGGGUCUUGCUUGCACCAAACGUCAAGUCACACGGUUCGCCGUAGUCGUGUCCGCUGCCGGCGUCUCGUCUUCGCGGUGGCCUUCGGCGUCGCCGUCGUCUUCCCUCCGUCUCCACGGUUUAGUUUUGGAAUUUGAAUAUUGAUGUGAACCGGGUCGGCAUUUUUUCAGGCCGGUGACUUCGACGGUCCUGUCUACCCAGACGGCGGUUGGGGCCGGUCCGUGGUGUUCAUCCCGUCGUCUUCGCCAUUGCCGUGUCCUUUAAAUCUCAGAGACUCCAAUUUCUGCAACAGUGAAUUACAAUAAGAAGUAAGAACAGCUACAUUGAUAUCUUGCCAUGUAUGUUAAUUAGCUCAGCCCCCAGCAAUUCAGCAAAGUAAUUAGGGAAUCAAGGAAUAAUGUUGUUCCACAUGUUGCUGAAGAUGGAUCAGAGAUACAGUUGACUUAGAAAAAUCUUCGAGGUGUCUUUUUCUUGCAUCUUAUGGGCCCAAAAAUGAGCAGAUAGUCUUCCAACUCCGAGCAGAGGAUGAGGAGGAUGGAGGUAGAGAGUUUGGAUGCAAAUGCAUCAGUUUCAACCUGGAACAACCAAUAACAAAUGCUUCAUUAAUCAUGCGGUGUUGGCAAGGAGAAGAGCCGCCGCCUGAUUCGGCUUUGAACACCACCCAGUGUCCUGAAUGGCCAGAUGAUGGAGUUGUAGCAUUAAUGAUUAAUGCUCGUUCUUAUCGUCUUAGUGAUACUGAACCAUUGAUUGUGCAUAUAAGUGCUGGUGUUGGUAGAACUGGAACAGUUAUCCUCCGUUGUGUUGUCGUCCCUGUCGGAGUCGGGGAUAUGUCCAAUUUGGACCAAACAUUGGAACUCGACCUCUCUCGCUGCACAGAAAGACCUCGAUGACCUGUUGGCCAAUGGGACACAAUGAUUCUUGUUGUUCGAUUGGCCAAGACAUCACCUCUCAUCUGAUCUGAAUAAAUCUUAAGCUAAAUUCACAGAUAAUUUAGCAAUGGUUGUCAUUCCCGUUUGGGAUUUAUACUCUGUAUGCUGUGAACAAAAAACAUUGGUGGCUCUUUCUUGGUGAAACAAUCUAAUAUAAUCAAAUCAAUCCUAGGUUGUAUGAAUGAAUCAAUCUAAAGAUUG